UGGGACCAGCACUCAAAAUGUCAGAUGUCCUUUACAACACUGCUCCAACUUGAUAAUGGUCUUCUAUGAUUUAGUAUUAUGUCAAAAUUAAAGUAAUAUACAGGAACCGACCAGACAAUAAUAACGACGAAGCAGAAACGCAUCGUGCCUCUCUUUCAAGUCGCGUACGACCGCAGCUUGUGUAGGCCUCUGGGGACAAUAACGGACUUCAGCAAACUUAAAUUACGGCAACGAAUACCAAGCGUGAAAGUUUCCACAAGUAUAUCCAAAGCAUUCACCCCAUCGCGCAGUCCAUCACCCGUAUCUUUAGGUGGCAGAUCGUCAACGCCUCCCAGAGAACACAUCCUGCCCAAAUUCAGAGAAAGUGCCCCUACAAAGUCAAGAAACCCAGACGUCAGACAAAACGCUUUAACAAUAUUCGAAUUCUCAACUGUCUAUCCGUUCAUUUAUGGCAACAACAAGUUCAAAUGCUUCAUCUGCUCACAAUCUUUCUUAGAAACAGCGUUGCUAAAGAACCACAUGAAUGAAGCGCACACAUUUGCUCCGCUGAAAAGAUUGGUCAACAACAGACGCGAGAAUAUCCUAAAAGUAGACGUAAGCGACAUCGCAUGCAAGAUUUGCUCCGCGAAACCCAAUGGCCUGACAGAGUUGAAAGUGCACCUAAAGCAAGCGCACCAAAAACCGAUUGACCCUGAUUUGAAAGAUAAUAUCAUACCAUUUAAAUUAGAAGCGAACGAGGGUGGUUACAAGUGUGUAAUAUGCGAGCAGAACUUCAUCAAAGUCCGCAUAUUAGUCAUUCACAUGAGCAUACACUUCAACAACUACAGUUGUGAAGUGUGCGGCUCAGGGUUCAUGACGCUCCGACUCUUGAAGACCCAUUUGAAAGUGCACGAAAGCGGAAACUUCCCUUGCGAUCGCUGCAACAAAGUCUUCAGCACAGCGUACAAGAAAACUCUUCAUAUCCGAGGGGUGCAUAUGAAACAGUACCCUCGUAGGUGUCCAAUAUGCCCGGAGAGGUUCAACUCGAACUAUAAAAGGACGAUCCAUCUCCAAGACGUUCACAAUCAAUCCACACGUGUCCACAAAUGCGAGAUCUGUGGCAGAGCGUUCAAUUUGAAGUACCAUCUGAUUUGUCACACUCGAUCUGUGCAUUUGCAGGAGAGGAACCAGCAAUGUGACGUUUGUCACCAGAGAUUCUGUAACAAAGAGACUUUGAAACGCCACAUGGUUAUUCACACGGGGGAGAAAAAUUACAAAUGUGAGAUGUGCGGUAUGGCCUUCCUUAGGAGAAAGAACUUGAAGGACCAUCUUAGGUCACAUGGAAUCGGAUGAAUUGUUUUUAUGAGGAUAUUGACUGUUUUAACUGUAGUUUUCUAUUUUGUAAUAUACUGAAGUUUAUCGAGAAUCACCUUUAUGAAGCUCGUCUUACAAUAGUUUAUCAUAAUAAGAUACAAAUUAUUUUUUCAUAAAUCUGACAUUGUGGUAGAUAGCAGCUACUAAUAAUAAUUGUUAUUUAUGAUCAAAGAAAUUUAUUUUAUUUCUAAAACAGGAAAACUAGAAAGCUUUUAUUUAACAAUAUUUUAAAUAAUGACAUUAAACCAUCAUAGUUUAACUAAUUCUAAUAAAAUAAAUAAUGUGUCCUUGGUUUUAAACAAUAAGUUUCGUCAAUAGACUGUAAUAUGUAAUUUAAUUUUAUGAACGAA